CACCCAAUAGAGAAAGAGAAAUGGGAGCUUAAACCAUUUCUAUACUCAGAUGCAGAGGAAGAAGAAAGAGAUGACCCCAAAAACCAAAUGACCAAAUCCUUUCACUACGCCGUCAUCUCCAAUGCCGCCGAUCAUCUUCCGUUAGUUUCCCGUUGUCACCGUAAAAAACGUACUGAUGUCUCGCCGUCUCUCCUCACCGGACCCUUCUGCCUCCGCUUCUAGUAGCCUGUACUGCGAGGAGGACGCCAGCGACGUUGUGUCCGCCGACGCGUGGGAUCCCCGUUUCUUUUCGUCACCGUUAUGCGUUGAGGAAACCCUUUCCGGCCUUAUUGAAUCGGAGUUCAGGUUCAUGCCGCUGCCCGAUUACGUCCGACGAUGCGAUGACCGCGCCGUCGACGUGACCGCCCGUCAAGAUUCCAUCAACUGGAUUCUCAAGGUGCAUGCAUAUUAUCAUUUCCGGCCAGUCACCGCGUUGCUUUCAGUCAACUACUUUGACCGUUUCCUUUCCGUCCAUCCUCUCCCGAAAGAAAAUCGGUGGCCGUUUCAACUCCUAUCAGUGGCUUGUUUAUCUCUGGCUGCGAAAAUGGAAGAACCCGAUGUGCCAUUGUUGCUCGACCUGCAAAUAUUCGAACCCAGAUUUGUUUUCGAGCCAAAAGCAGUACAGAGAAUGGAGCUAUGGGUGAUGGAGAAUCUCAAAUGGCGUCUGCGCUCCGUUACUCCUUUCGAUUAUCUCCAUUACUUCAUCUCCAAGCUCCCUUCUUCCUCCUUUGCUCCUGGUUUCUUCACUCGGGUCUUCUCUGCUUCUUCGGAUCUCAUUCUCCGAACCACCCGAGUGAUUGAUUUCUUGGGUUUCUCGCCGUCGACUAUAGCGACGGCGGCCGUGCUCUGCGCCACCGGAGAUGUGGACGGUAAAGUUAUUGUAGUACCGGAUUAUUUUCACGCGAGACUGAACAAAGAAAUGGUGAGAAGCUGUCACCAACUAAUGGAGGAGUACAUGAUCGACACGUGUCCGUCGGCGCCAUUAAAGGAGCUGAGAGUUGAGCCGCCGCAACCGCCACCCGCGCCUCCCAGUCCGGUGGGCGUUCUCGACGCUGCUUCCUGCGUUAGCUGCGAUACGCGUUCGGAAAAUCCGGGGUCCAGCGACCAAGCCGAGCCGCCUCCAGCCAAGCGGUCACGAUCCUCUGACCCGGAUGUACAGCAAUAGCGUAUAAGACCAGAUCACCCCAGCCAUCAAUUUUCUCCCUUUUAUCAGAGAUUCAUGAAGUGGGCCCACUAUUUCUGUGAUUGUAAAAUUAAGGAACGGUCGGGAUUGGAUAAUAUAAUAUAUAUGAGGGAAG